AUGCUCCGACUCCUCACUCUUUCCGCGCUUGUCGCAGCCGCAUUUGCUAUCCCCAAAACAUACAUACCCCGCGAUGACACUUCGGCUUGCCCAUCUGCAGUUGUCGCCUCGAGCAGGUCGGCUCAGGUCGGCAACGCCACCGUCCUCCUCGAGGUUUUGACGUGCGCCACCGGUACGACUCCCACCGGGCUGGUCGCGGACAUCAGCAUCGGGCAAGAGUUCGAGAACUUGCUUUGCCGAAUCAUUCCGAUCUUCUGCCCGCCGAAGCCCUUCGACCCUCCGGCAGCCAGACCGACGCCGACGGUCACUGUUGUCCGCACGUCAACGGUAGUACGGACGGCGACUCUGGUGCAGACAGCGACGGAGGUGGUGCCAACGACUGUGAUCGACUCGACGACCUUGGUCGUGCCCACCACGAUCAUUUCGCCUACUACUGUCAUCGAUGAGACGACGCUGGUGGUGCCGACUACGAUCAUCGCUCCUACUACCGUGAUAGACGAGACGACGCUGGCGGUUCAAGUCCCCACUACUAUCAUUGCUCCUACCACAGUCAUCGUGACGGCUGCUGCUCCCACCUCAACAGCUGCUGCUGCAACCAACGUUUGCGGCGAGCUCUGUGCUAUCACUUGCAGUAACCUGGGUCCCCUUCCGCCCGUCUCAGAAGACUGCCAGACCGUCAUGAACUCGAUCCAGGUCUUCCAGGGCACCCUCGGGCCCACCUUCACCGUACCCUCUAACCACGUACAACAACUCACCUUCGGAACAUGCCACUUCUUCUUCGAGAACCUCGGUCCUACUCCGCUUGAGGCCUGCUGGUCUGACCUUUCCCAGGAAGGUUCUCUCGCGUCUACUACGUGCUUCCCGCCAGCUCAGCCCGUCAUGUCUUUGGCUGUUUGCGAGGCUCGUGACACUACGUGGGAGAUUGGGGUGAGCCAUUCUUGA